AAACAAAACGCCACAUCAAGACAAAGUUCCAAUGAUGGGUCAAGGCGAAUUCCCCCAGAGCGUCGAUGGAGAGAAGGUCUUGAGAGAAUGGUUUGAAAAGUAUAUGGCUGAGAGAGACAACUCUAUCUCCAAGGAUUCCCCGCUUGUUCAGGUCGUGGAUGCCGAUGAGCUCGAUGCAAGCUUCGUCGAGAAACAAAUCCAAGAAUCCGCGAAAGAGAUACUCGUCACCAAAGGCUUCUGCGAGAAGUGCCAAAAGUUGUUCGAUAAUUGGCCUACAAUAGGUGGAUCCGCGAGCAGAAACCACGAUUCGCUACCAGACCAGAACGGUGGUUGGGAGCACGCUGUUGCGACAACCUACACUACAUUCGAACUAGAAGCAGGAGCGCGCUCUGGAUGCAGGUUCUGUACUUUCUUGCUACAAAGUGUCAAAGAUUGCGAGCUCCUCGAAACGUUUCGUAAGAUUGAAGCUCGUAUCUUCAAGCUCAAUGAGCACGAGAAGUCAGCUUUGUCCGUUCAGAACUGGGGUUGCAAUCCACAUCAAUUGUUAUGGCUAAACUUGCCUGGAAAGGUCUGCACAUCGUGCAAUGCCGGUAUUGCUUUACAGACAAAAACAGAUUCAGCUUAUCUUCCCGCCUCAGCUGAUUGUUACGAUGAGCCUCUCGAUGUACUGGAAAAUGCAGCCAAAUGGUUUACAAAUUGCUCUCAAAACCAUGAACGCUGUAAAAGCAGUAAUGACGGCGUACUACCAACGAGACUGAUCUCAAUUGCUAAAGAGCCUCGAUUGGUUUUGACCUCAGAACUGGUUAAAACGCCGAUAUAUGCCACUCUCUCACACUCUUGGGGGUCCCACGAAGUAAUCAAGCUUACUUCGAAAGACCUUAAAUCUUUCAUGAAGGCUUUACCAGUUGACAAACUCCCAACCACGUUCAAGCAUGCUUUUGAGAUCACUCGAAAACUUGGAAUGGACUACUUGUGGAUUGACUCACUUUGUAUCCUCCAAGACAGUGAAGAUGAUUGGCAGAGAGAGUCAUCUUUGAUGAGCUCAGUUUACGGUGGCUCGGCCAUCACCAUAGCUGCAUCAUCAGCUCGCGAUAGCACUCAUGGGUGCUUUCUUAAACCAACCAUCUUCAGCGGUGGAGUUCGAGCUCGAGUCACAGACGGUGGGCGAACACGAGUGCAAGACUUUCGGAAUUCCGAGGAAUACAAACGCUCAACAGUUGAUACUCAUCUGGGAACGAGAGCUUGGGCUCUCCAGGAGAAGAUGCUACCACCCCGAACAAUUCAUUUCGGCGAUCGAGGUGCUUUUUGGGAAUGCAGGACGAGUAUCGCGUCCGAAUACUUGCCAGAUGGAUUUCCGAAAAAUCUUGUGUCCCCUCUUGUGAAUCGGAAAGGCAAAUUCGAAUGGCUAUGGCCCCAAGUCGUCGGGCUUUACUCUGCAGCGAAUCUAAGCUUUGGCAAAGACAAAUUACCAGCACUGUCUGGUGUCGCAAGCCUUGGAUACAAAGAAACCGGAGACCAGUACCUCGCGGGGCUGUGGAGAGGUCAGAUUGAGGAGCAGCUAUGUUGGCGCCGUCACCAUAGUAAACCCAUCAUAAAACGGCCCACUUGGCGUGCGCCGAGCUGGUCCUGGGCAUCUAUAGAUGGUGGAGUAGGAUGGUAUCAGCCGCAGAGCAAAGUUCUCGAAACACAGUAUGCUCACGUCCUUGAUGCUAACACGACACUGUACGGCAAAGAUCCCUUUGGACAAGUGGCGGGCGGAACAAUUCGUCUAGCUUGCUCUUCCAUGGUAGCCGGCCACUUGGUACCCAACAAGAACGUGGAUAAACCAGGCUUCGACAUUGUCUUACGCGCUGGUGAGGGGCAGGACGAGUUUCCCAUCACUAUAGACUGCUUGGAGGAUGGCGAACAAGAAGACAAUGGAGCAAUUCAUCUUCUGCCUAUCCUUGGAGGCUGGACUGGCUGCUCUUCGGGGAUGGCGGAUGGAGAGAAGCUCAAAGAGUUCUUGGUCCAAGGAGUUGUGCUUCGGCCUACAGGCCCCACGAAAGGCGAAUUCUCUCGAAUAGGGUCUUUCAACUUCUACAAAGACAGUAUGAGAUGGAGGGAGCCAAAAACCAAAAUUGAUGACUCUUACGAGCCCUUUUUGAAGAUAUUGGAAGAACAAGGAAUUGCGGCAGCCGAGGCUGCAUGCGCUGAGAUCAUAUCGAACACGGAACAUCCUAAUGAGCGAUAUGUGAUCACUCUUAUUUGAAGGAAUUGGAAGCGAGGCUAGUAUUAUAUACACAGAUGGAUUUGUUUUGGUCACGCUGUCUGAAGUCAACCAGCCCGUGAUCGUUAAUCAUGUGCCAUUCUCCCUUUCCACCCAGGCUAUCAUCGAUAAAUGUGAUUAACUUGUGCUGUAGAGGGGGUAAGAACAUGAACCAGCAGUACGCAAAAACAACCAAAACAACUAAAACAACAGCAAGUGGGCACUGCGCGAAGCAGACCACUAUUCGCGGUAGUAGGACAGAUUCAAAACAUCAUGUAAAAGCAUUCGAAAACAUAUCACUGUAAAAACUAAGAGUGGG